AUGACCGAAGCGUUAGAAGGGGAAUCAGAUUAUUUUGACGAUGACGAAGAAGUGGACACAAAGCAAGACAGCGAAUGGCAAGCUGAGAUGACUGCUAUACAGAAUACCCACCAAUCCGAGUUAGAAACUAUCCGCCAUCACUAUGAGCAUCAGCUGAAAGGAAUGCGAGAACGCAUCGAACAUGAAGAGGCGCGGCGACGAAAAUUGCAAGAAGAACUCGUGCAGAUUACGAUUAGCAUUAGAAGCGUGUUCGUCGACUCACGAAGAAGAAUGAAGCGCCACAUCGAACGCGAACAAAUGGAGACGAAAGACCCGAUGUACACGACAUAUGCAAUGUUGGAGCAAAUGCGAGAGGAACUGACAAACCUGUCAGCAGCCUAUUCGGCCAAAUGCAUCGAAAAUGCCCAACUCGACGAGCGACUAUCCGCCUUGAUGGAGGAACGGGAACGAGACGGUGAAAGGUGA